GGGAAAGAAAUGAAUCGCGCCCAGCUCGCGCGCACAUCCAGAUCUCCGCUCUGUUCUGGUCCCCAGGCGCAUCUUGGUGAAAGCCAGCUCCAGGGAGAGAGCGAGCCGGCGGCGACUGGCUUCGGACUCUGAACCGUGCUCAGCUCGCGCUCCCUCCCGGGCAAGUCGAAUCCCGAACCGGCGACAGGAUCCGAGCUCUGGCCACACUCCACCAAGUCGCAGCCCCGGGCGGCUAAGCCAGCGACAGGUUUAAAUGUUUAUUUGUCCACUUGGCUAAAGAACACAAAAUGAACAACUCCACAAACUCCUCUAAUAAUGGCUUGGCUAUUAACAGUCCUUAUAAGACCUUUGAAGUGGUGUUUAUUGUCCUUGUGGCUGGAUCCCUCAGUCUGGUGACCAUUAUUGGAAACAUCCUGGUCAUGGUUUCCAUUAAAGUCAACCGCCACCUGCAGACCGUCAACAAUUACUUCUUGUUCAGCCUCGCCUGUGCUGACCUCAUCAUAGGUGUCUUCUCCAUGAACUUGUAUACCCUCUACACUGUGAUCGGCUACUGGCCUUUGGGACCGGUGGUGUGUGACCUCUGGCUAGCCUUGGACUAUGUGGUCAGCAAUGCCUCGGUUAUGAAUCUUCUCAUCAUCAGCUUCGACAGGUACUUCUGUGUGACAAAACCUCUGACCUACCCGGUUAAGCGGACCACAAAAAUGGCAGGCAUGAUGAUCGCAGCUGCCUGGGUCCUGUCCUUCAUCCUCUGGGCUCCAGCCAUUCUCUUCUGGCAGUUCAUCGUUGGGGUGAGGACUGUGGAGGAUGGAGAGUGCUAUAUUCAGUUCUUCUCCAACGCUGCUGUCACCUUUGGUACAGCCAUUGCAGCCUUCUAUCUGCCGGUGAUCAUCAUGACCGUGCUGUAUUGGCACAUAUCCCGAGCCAGCAAGAGCAGGAUUAAGAAAGAAAAGAAAGAGCCCGUGGCCAACCAAGACCCCGUGUCUCCAAGUCUGGUGCAAGGAAAGAUCGUGAAGCCAAACAACAACAACCGGCCUGGCGGUGACGGUGGCCUGGGGCACAACAAAAUCCAGAACGGCAAGGCUCCCAGGGACGCCGGGACUGAAAACUGUGUCCAGGGGGAGGAGAAGGAGAGUUCCAAUGACUCCACCUCAGUCAGCGCCGUCGCCUCUAAUAUGAGAGAUGAUGAAAUAACCCAAGACGAAAACACAGUCUCCACCUCCCUAGGCCACUCCAAAGAUGAGAACUCUAAGCAAACGUGUAUUAAAAUUGUCACCAAGACCCAAAAAGGUGACUCGUGCACCCCAACGAAUACCACUGUAGAGCUAGUUGGGUCUUCGGGCCAGAACGGAGAUGAAAAACAGAACAUCGUCGCCCGUAAGAUUGUGAAGAUGACCAAGCAACCUGCGAAAAAGAAGCCACCUCCUUCUCGGGAGAAGAAAGUGACCCGGACAAUCUUGGCUAUCCUGCUGGCUUUUAUCAUUACCUGGGCACCGUACAAUGUCAUGGUGCUCAUUAAUACCUUCUGUGCACCGUGCAUCCCCAACACAGUGUGGACAAUUGGUUACUGGCUCUGUUACAUCAAUAGCACCAUCAACCCAGCCUGCUAUGCGCUUUGUAACGCCACCUUCAAGAAGACCUUCAAACACCUUCUCAUGUGUCAUUACAAGAACAUAGGUGCUACAAGGUAAAGACGUCUUUGGAAAGAAAGAAGGUGGUCCAGAGGAGCUUGUGAAGAAGGGAUGGAAUGAGAAAGCUCCUGGUGGUAAGAUAUCUCUGCCAUGACCCUUUGCAGUCUUACCAUGGAACGUGGGAUCAGGAGCUCCAGGGUGACGUGCUUGUUAUGGCCAUGAAUCCAGCUCCAAAGGAGGCUUGCACUUUAUAAACCCUGGCCACUUAGGAUCACAGAGACAACAAAAUGUGGGAAUUGUUCACCUAAAGAGCGACCCUCUGCUGUCUCCUUCACUCUCAAAGAAGGGCUUCUGAAUCUAUGGUUUUUUAUCAGUCACUGCACAGUGAGAAUAACUUCAUUCUUUUCUUUGUUCUUUUCAUUGUCACAUGUUGUCUCAUGUGUCCGGAUGAGGAAGAAAUACCACAGUUACAUGCUAGCAUACAGACAGGAACAUCAGGAAUCAGAGAAUCUACAAUGGGGGACAUCAAGCAGGAUAUAGACAUUGUCUCCAGAGUAAUGAGUGGACCUACUCUGGAGAUGGAUCUGAUUUGGAGUAUUUCAAUGUAGUCAAUGCUUAUUUCUUUACCCUUUUUCUUUUCCUAUCAGGAAAAGCAAGAAAACAAACAAACAAAAAAUCCAAGUAGGUCGCACUGUGUUUCUCCCCCAGUAAUAGCAUUUUUUUUUGUACGUUCUAGAUUUAUGUUGUGUAUGGCUAAUACCUGAAGCACUCCUAAACCCAUCCAGAGUCAGCCAUGAAAAUAGGACCCUUUGCCUCUCCUCACUGUGUCUUUUGCAGUCAUGAAAGUACAAAAACCUAUAAGUGCUUAAUUCAUGCUGUAGUCAGGUUCGCAUGGCAAGAGGAAGCUGGCUAUAACACCCAUAAUCCCAUCCCCAGCAAUACACUGCCUCCUGAAGGUAUUCAUCCACAAAUCUCCAUCAGCUGGGA